GAGUUUUUGAUGUCGGAUACGCUCACCGCCGCCAAGCGGGAGAAGAUUGGCUCGCGCGCCAGCAUGCGUCUGCGGGCCGAGGGGCUCAUCCCCGCCGUCCUGUACGGCCACAAGGAAGCCCCGGUCAGCCUGUCGCUGCAAUUCACCGAGCUUCGCAAGUCGCUCGCCCACAAGGCGAAGGUCGUCAACCUGAGCGGCGACGCCUCGGGUCAGGCGAUCAUCCAGGCUCUGCAAUGGGAUACGUUUCACCGUGACCUGCUGCACGUUGACCUGCUGCGGGUCGAUGCCGGUGAGCGCGUCCACGUGACCGUGCCGAUCGAGACCAAGGGCGAGGCCGCUGGCCUGAAUGAGGGUGGCGUUGUCACGGUCGUCUUCGACCACGUCGAGAUCGAGGCCGCCCCGGCGAGCAUCCCGGAGGUGCUGCACUUGGACGUCACCAACCUGCACAUGGGUGGCAGCCUCUCGGCAAGCGACAUCACCGACCUCCCCGAGGGCGCCAAGCUGCUGACCGAAGCCGACACGGUGCUGGUCCACUGCGUGCCGCCGGCGGGCGCGUCGAAGGAAGACGAGGCGGCGGCGGCCGCUGCCGCUCCAGAAGUGAUCCAGAAGGGCGGCGAGCAGGAAGGGGGAGAUGCUUUGGGGGACGGGCCGAUGAAGAUCGUCGUAGGCCUCGGCAACCCGGGCAAACAGUACGAGGCGACGCGGCACAACGUCGGCUUCGAUGCUUUGCGGCUCCUGGCGGAUCAGUGGUCUGCCGAGACGCCCAAGUCGAAGUUCGACAGCUACGUCGCCGAGGCGAUGGUCGAAGGGCAGCGAACGCUGCUUGUUUGGCCGCAAACCUUUAUGAACCUCAGCGGCAAGGCGGUCCGCCAAGCCGUUGGGUUCUACAAGACGCCGUUAGAAGAGCUGCUGGUGGUCUGCGAUGACUUCGCCCUGGAGACAGGGCGGUUGCGGGUCCGGGCGAAAGGCUCUUCGGGCGGACAAAACGGGCUGAAGGACGUGGCCCGGCAGCUGGGGACCGAAGACUACCACCGCCUGCGGAUUGGGGUCGGCCCGGUCCCUAGCGGACGCAGCGCGUCGGACUUCGUGCUCGGCCGGUUUGCUCCGAAGGAGCGGGAACUGGUCGAUGUGGCGAUCGCCGACGCGGCCGCCGCGGUCGCCUGCUGGGCGAAAGCGGGCGUCCUCGAAGCGAUGAACAAGUUCAACGGCGUCGGGGCGACUCCCUUGGCACAGAACGUUUACGAAGGCCUGUUCAUCUUCGACGCGAACAAGUUCGCUCGGGAUCACGACGCGCUGCCCAAGGCGGUAGAAGAGAUGAUCACCUCCGAAGGGGGCGAGGUCGUCGUCAGCCGCCUCUGGGAGGAGCGCCGCCUCGCUUACCCGAUCAAGGGUCAGCGCAAGGGCGCCUAUUGGCUGAUCUACUUCCGCACCGAGGGAGACAAGAUCACCGGCCUGAACCGCGCCUGCGAGCUCAAGAGCGGCGUCUUGCGGCACAUGGUGCUGAAGAUUCAUCCGGCGAAGCCGCCCCGGUCGCCGAGUUCGCCGGUUCGGGCGACGGGGAUUGAACCCGAGUCCGCUGAACGUUUUUUGCUCACCGCGUCUUUAGCCCCGUGGCGAACCUCCAUGGCCAGCUACAACCGAGUCGUCCUUGUCGGCAACCUGACGCGCGACAUCGAACUACGGUACAUCCCCAGCGGGACCGCUGUGGCCGAGAUCGGCCUGGCGGUCAACGAUCGCGUCAAGCGGGGUGACCAGUGGGUCGAUGAAACAACUUUCGUCGAUGUGACCCUGUGGGGCCGCACCGCCGAGGUCGCGAAUCAGUAUCUCAAUAAAGGCUCCAGUAUCCUGAUCGAGGGUCGGCUGAAGCUCGACACCUGGGAGAAGGACGGCCAGAAGCGGUCGAAGCUACGGGUCGUGGCCGAGAAGAUGCAGAUGCUCGGCGGCGAAGUCGUCGAGGUCAAGUCGGGCUACGCCCUGAACUACCUCAUCCCUGAGGGGCUCGCCACGAUCGCCAACGACCACCACAAGCGGAUGGUCGAUAAGCACAAGGCGAAGCUCGCCGAGAUCGAGCGUGAACGGCAGGCCGAACUACGUAAGCAGGCCGCCGAGAUCACCAAGCAGAGCGUCACGAUCGAGGCCAAGGCCACCGAAGAGGGUCACCUCUACGGAAGCGUCGGCGCGGUGGAGAUCAUCGCCGCCCUGAAGAAGCAGGGCAUCACGAUGGCCGCCGAGCAGAUCAAGCUUGAGGGCGUGCUCAAGGAGCUGGGCCUCUACACCGUCAAGAUCCGCUUCUCCAGCGAGGUCGAGGGCGAGCUCAAGGUCUGGGUCGUCCCCGCCGUUGGCGAUUGA